AUUCAGUGUGGAAGGAGCAUUUGAAAAUGUGCCGAAUCAGCGAAAAUGAACAGUUUAAAAAUGGCGCUAUCCACACACACUGAAGCAUUUGACAGUCGCUGCGAACCGGUACAAAACAUACAUGAACCGCUGCGUCGAAAAGUGGAGAUAAUGAAAACAAGCUAUACACCGCAAGUGACAGCUACAGAAAACAUUUAGACAAACCACGCACACAGCAUUCAUUGUGCAUUAUUUUUGUGUCUUUAGGCAAAAGGAAACAUCGUCGUUUGACCUGUUUUCCAAAUCUUUUGCACCGGAAUCGUUUGUUUUCCGUGUCAAUCAUAGAUUAAAUGGUGAUUUCAAGUGGGAAAGUGUAUUAAAGCAAAGAAAAAACGGUGUGUGUUGGCCAGAAGAAACAAAAGAACCACAGCCAUUCGUCAAUCGUUGAUGCAAAAAGCAAUUGAGUGUUUUUUUCUCUCGUUCGAUACGUAAACAUUUAAUGUCAUUUGGAAAGUGAGCCAGAUUGGUUUUUGUUCGUGCAAAAUGGCUUCGAUUGAAUCAUUGCAAAAUAAAACAUGGGAUUUAUCGUUGUACGAAUUGAAUCGGCAGCCACAAGAGGCAAUCACCGAUAAUACCGAAAUUGCGGUGUCACCACGUAGUUUGCAUAGUGAACUGAUGUGCCCGAUUUGUUUGGAUAUGCUGAAAAAGACCAUGACGACCAAAGAGUGUUUACAUCGCUUUUGUUCGGACUGCAUCAUUACGGCACUGCGAUCGGGAAACAAAGAAUGUCCAACAUGUCGUAAAAAACUCGUUUCCAAACGCUCACUUCGACCAGAUCCCAAUUUUGAUUUGCUCAUUUCGAAAAUUUACCCCAGCCGCGAUGAAUACGAAGCGCAUCAAGAACGAGUUUUGGCAAAAUUCAAUCAGAGCCAAUCACGGACGGCUUUAGUGAAUUCGAUUACCGAAGGUAUUAAAUUGCAAUCACAACAUCGGCAACAACGUACAAAGAAACAAUUGGAAGCUGAAGCGCGCAAUGCAGAAAAUUCGAACGCUGGUUCGACGAAUCAAAAUGCCGACGAAAGUUCAUCAACAGCAGCCGGAUCGACAAAUCAACGAUUUGCAUCGAAUCCACCGUCGGUUCGAUCAACACCAUCACCCGUACCAUCUAACAUUAGCAGCUGCGGCACUGGCAGUAAAAUCAAACGUGCACGCUCCAUUUUGACAGCAUCCGAACGAUCCGAAGAAUCUGAGAGUAACAGCGAAAUUGAUUACAGCCAUGGAAACGAUUCGAAUUUGGACACAGAAGGUGAAGGCACAUCGGAGUUGGGUGUUAGCGAUGAAAUUGAACUCAUAUUCAGACCACAUCCAAACGAAAUGACCGGCGAAAAUUUAAUUAAGGCACUCAAAGAGAAUUCUGUACGAUAUCUCAAAACAACGGCUAAUGCUUCAGUCGAGCAUCUGAGCAAAUAUUUGGCCAUGCGGCUCACACUUGACCUUGAUUCUGAAUUGCCAGCUACGGAACGAUUGCAGAACUUUUGUAUUUACAUUGCUCCACAGCCCGGCCAGUUUCUCAUUCUAAACGGAAAUCAAACACUUCAGCAAGUUAACGAGAAGAUUUGGAAGGUUAACAAGCCGAUGGAAAUGUACUACGCAUGGAAAAAAUCCCAAGCUGCAUCUAACUGAAUAUAAUUAAGACAACAUAGAUUGACUCCCAUUUUAACAUUAAACUUAAUUGUAAUGUAAUUUAUAAUUUCGGACAAAACAAAACAGAAAAAAUGACUAGAUGAUUGAUAGAGAGAAAUGGAACGAAAUGGAAAGAAAUGUUCAACGAAAGUGUUGGUCAUUAUUUUUGAGAAUUAACUGCACCAAUCUUAAUUUCGAUAGGUUUUAUAUAUCGAUGUAUUUUUUUCCGCUUAGAUUUAACGAUGAUAUGCUUUGAACCGCUUCAUUUGGUUGGUUUUCAAAUGUGUCAAAGAUUUUCUAUAUUGCAUAUUCAUGAAAUUCUAGCCGAUGGAAUAAUUUGCAACACACAAUUUGCAUAGAAGCAAAUUUCUGCGAUAAAUUCAAGGUGAGAAGGAUGAUGUGGCAAGUGUUUUAUUUAAUGAGAAAAUUUCCAUUGCAAAAAAAAACCCGCUUGACGGAUAGAAAGUUCAAGCAGUUUUUUUUUCACUGAGUUGCACACAUCCUUUCUCAUCACCAACCAGCUAAUUCUAAACGGAAUGCUGUAAACCUUUGGAUUCAAGAUGAACAUGAAUCACAACAGUGAAUGUGUGCAUACUUGUAUGAGCAAAAUUGCGCUGUAUAAUAAAAAUUGAAUCGCUUGUAGAAGAGAUGUAGAUUUAUUUUUACUCCUUGAUCAGUAGUGAGAAUUUAACGUUAUUUUCACAGAAACCCAUACAACCAACACUUAUUCCUAUUUUUAACUUUACAAUUUGUAUAAACUAAAAUACAAAGAUUUGUUUUAUUAGAGGAAUUCCUUUAUUUGUGGUAAAAGUGUAUCGCUCUUCUCGAAUAAAUAAUAAUAAAAA